AUGCCGCCCAAGGCAAGAGGACCGCUGCAGUUGGUCCACAGGGAGGUGGACAACAUACGAGGGCAGCUCCAAAGUCUGUUGAAAGAUGUUCAGAAUAAGGUGGAAAGUAAAGAAGAGUCCUUUCGAAGAUGCACAGAACUCAAGAUAUCCGCAGAGAAAACACUAAAGCACCUGACAAAAUUGACUAAGGCUGAUGAGAUUGCUCCUGUGGGACACUACGACCAGAGGAAACUAGAGGAAGUAGGACGACUGCGCAACAUCCUGGAGCAGCUGAACAACCUGUCUGACAAGCUCUCACCACCUGGAACCAGCGCCGAGCCAGAUCCAGGUGACAGCGAGAAAGAAGAUAGCGAAGAAGAAACCGAAGAGAGCGAUGAGGACGACAGCGACGAAGCUGCUAAUGAUGAGAAUCAAAAGAACCAAAGCCAAGCGGUGAACGCGCCUCGGGAAUCGGAGCCUUGCAUCUACACGGCACUUAGCGAUUUCAAAGGAGACCAGGAAGGAGAUUUGACGAUCCAGCUGGGUGAAACAUUAAAGAUCAUCAGAAAGACAAGCGAUGGCUGGUGGCUUGCUGAGAACACCAAGGGCGAAAGAGGAGUGGUGCCAAGAACGUACCUGAAGAUUGGUUCAAACCUCAAUGACGACAAGGACGAGGACGAUGAAGAAGAAGAAUCCGAUGAGACCGAGGAGGAGAAAGAGGAGUCCGACGAGCUGAGCAACAACGAUGAUGACAAACAAAGUGGUGCUCCCAAGACCAACUGGUCCACGUUCAGAAAAGCUCUCACUGAGAUUGACGCUACGGAUGUCCUCUCUGCCAUGGGCGCCAUUCCUUCCGGAUUUAGGCCUUCAACUCUCAGUAAACUGCUUGAGGAAGAAGGCGACAAAUACAAAGGAAGUCGGUACAUGCAGCCGGAGCUCAGCCAAUCGCAGCUCUCCUUCAGCGACCUCUUCUUAGACCCCGACACUGGCAAGGUGCGUCCCCGCCAAACCCGGACAUGUGUUUGCUUCACCCUGUGGAGUUGUAAGAAGAUCCCUAAACCCGGUGUCGCCCUCCAAGUCCUAAGCAGACACAUUCGCCUUUGCGCCUUCGAUGGAAUCCGGGUGCUCAGCAACAUCCACACAGUGAGGGCGACCUACUCCAGCAAGAAACCCAGGGUUUGGCUUUUCUCCCCGCGGACAUCCGGCGUCACGCCCUCCCUGCUGGACGGCGACUGCUUCCUGCGCUGCGACACCGACAACCCUGGCCUCGGUAUCCUCUUUGAGCUCGGCGUCACCUUCAUACGCAACUCCACGGGUGAACGAGGAGAUCUGAGCUGCGGUUGGGCUUUCUUUAAGCUAAGCGAUGACGCUGGAAAUCCCGUCCCUAACAGAACCUACGAAAUCCCAGUGUGUGGCGGCACUCCUUACGAGACGAACGUCGACGUGGAGGGCGCCCCUUCUCCACCGUCGACGGCGGGAAAAUUCUACCAAAUGCUGAAAGCGCAGCGGCAGCCGAAACUCAUCGUCAAAUUCAAGACACCUAACAGUCGCCUUAAAACGCAACUAAGCCUCCUGCCUGACACUCUCGUACACUGUCUCAACUGCGUUCCUUUGCUAGCUAUGUACCGUCAGCUUCUAGCUGACGCGCUACUGGUGGACCGGCCCACCAUGCAAAACGCAGAUUUGAUAUUCAAUCCGGUUCUCGCCGCUUUCCCGGCUCUCGUGGAUCAACCCGACAUGCUGGAUGCUGUCAGGACUGCUUGGAUGGACGCGCACAGCACCAUGAAGUGGUCACAAAAGAGAGAAGAGGCUCAGGUGAAGGAGAAGUUCACCCAGACGUUCCUUUCGUCGGUGUCGCUCCUGCUAUACUCUUCUUCUAUGCCGCCAUACCGCUGGGCUGACGCGUCGUCGGAGGAGCGGCGGUCCCGCCUCAUCUCCUCCACGCUGGAGGCGCUCAAGAAGGCCCGCGGAAAAACGGGGAGUCUGGAAGCACUGACCGACCCCGCCGCCACUCACGUGGCUUUCGACAUCUCAGAGAUGACCUUUGACCUCUUGCGUGAGGCUAGAUAG